AUGUCGGAAAUCUCUUGGCUUUCAAUCCGAAUCACAGCUUCCCAUCUACUCCUUCUUCAAGGUUCGUCUUUCUCUCCUUCGUUGUCUUAUCUUCCUCAAGCUUGUGUUGAGUUCUAUGGCGGCGGCGGCUUGAUUUUUGGUUUCGUUUUAGGGGAUGAGCUUGUGAAGGAGUGCAUUACGGAAGGAACAAAGCUUGUUCAGGCAAUAGCUAAUACACUUUUCAACUUUCCUUCUACUGAAACUAGUGAUGGUCCUCUUGUCCAUUUGCCUCCGCCUAUAACCAAACUUCCUAGAGAGAAACAUCUUCCGAGGCCUAAGCCUCCUACAAAGUGGGAAGAAUUUGCUCUUAAGAGAGGCAUACAAAAUCGCAAGAAGGACAAGAUUGUAUACGAUGAACAAACAGAUCAAUUUAAGCGUCGCCAUGGUUACGACCGUGUUAAUGAUGAUAAUGAUAUUCCCAUUAUUGAGGCAAAGGAAACAGAUGAACCAGGAGUCGAUCCUUUCGCCAAGAGACUGGAUGAUAAAAAGAAGAGAGUUGGAAAGCAAGAAAAGAAUCGACUACAGAAUUUGAGGACAGCAGAAAAAGCUGGGGCUUUACCGAGCCAUGUCCAACUUGCUGCAACCGCAUUGCCAAUAUCAGGCACGAAAGCUCAGCCAAAGAAAAUUGGAAAGGAGGCACUUGGUGAUGUUGCAGGUUUAGCCGCCACUUCAACGGCUAGUGGUGGAAAGUUUGAUAAAAAGUUGCCUGGAGAAAAACCUCAAAAGAAGCAAGGCAAACAUAACAAGUAUUUACCGGUUGUAGGAGAAAAGCGUGGGGCGGUUGACCAGGAAAAAGAACAGACAAACAAUGUCCUUAGCAAGAUACUCUCGAAGCAUUCACAUGAGAUCCUCAAUGUUGGCAAGGCUAUAAACAUGUACAACGUGAAGAAGGAGAAAAAGAAGUCAGGACGAUCAGAUAAAUUGAAACCAAAGAAGGACAUCACCAAGAAGUCUGCCAACAAAGCCAAGUGA